GGAGGCACAGGCAGCUACCACUCGCUGUUGUGUUCAGGUAUCACCAUGGCUUCUCUUUGGAGCUCGCUGGAAAAAGAUGUGUUCAACCCGCAGAAAAAGAGGCUGCUGGAAACCGUUCGUGUCUGGAAGACAGGGAAGAAGAAGAAGAUGUCCAUUCUCUGUGUCGUGGUGGACACCUUUAGGCCAAUGCAGCCAUUUCUGGUGAAGGUCAAGGUGGACCGAGGAGAGCAGUACAAGAUAGCCUACAGGUGGCCUUUAGCAGAGCUGAAGCUGGUAGAUGGCAAGACUCUCAACCAGGCAAGCCUGGAUUUUGAUCUGCAGUUUGAUAAGGUUUACAAGUGGACCGCUAGCAGCUUUGAGGAGAAGAACACCUUUAUCAGAUGCUUGUGGAAGCUGAACCACCGAUUCCUCACCAGCUCUAUCACAUUUGUGAAUGUCCCCUCCUGUGCGGCAGAAGGGAGACAAAGGCCCCGUGAAGACAGGAAGGAUGCUGCAGAGACUGAGAGCCAGGAGGAGCUCAGUGCGUACCAGGAGAUGACACCAAAGGAAGCUGCCGAUGUGUUGAAGCUGAUGGAGGAGUACGAGCCCCUUGUGAACAACUCUGUGGCUUUUGCAGAGCAGCUAAGCAACGAUCUCCAUGUGCUGGAUGAGGCCAACCUUAGAGCCAUUAUCUCUUCUGAGAAGCAGGUGACACAGUUGAUGAGCUCCAUUGACGAGGCGCUGGCAGAGGUGGCCAGAGUGGAGGAGACCUUGCAGAUCUAUGAUGAGUUACUGGGAAGCGUGAAGCAGCAGAUGGACCACAUCCACAGGGAAAACUCCUUGCUACAUCGCAUCGUUUCCAACAAGGCAAGGCUGGUGGAUGAGAUCCUCUUCCUCACGACCCACCUCAACCUCAGCAGGGAACACUGCGAUGCCCUGAGCCAGGCAGAUCUUUCCAGCCCCAGCAGAGUGAAAGCCUGCAUUGCUGCAGCAGAGGCUUUAUCUGGCUGCAUGAACAUCCAGAUACACCCCGGUUAUCGGAAACUGCAGUCUGUGGCUGAGCAGCUGAUCAUGUUUGAAACACUGAAGCAGAACUUUGAAAACUCUUUCAUCAGUCACAUUACAAGCAUCUUUGAGCUGCAGGGUAACGGUCAGGUCCCUGCUCUUGGUCAGGCCAUUGACAACUUAUCUGCACCGAGCCAUGGACUCCAUCAUGAGGAACUGGUGCCCUACACCCCGCUCAUGGCCUGGCUGAGGAACGCCAACCCAGUUCUGUUCUGUGAUCUCCCCAAGGUCUAUGCCCAGAACCUCAGCAGACUCUAUGACCGGGAAAUCAAAGCCUUUUUUGAACAAGCCAAAACCUCCUUGUUAGGAAGAAGAAAAGGAAGUCUUCAGGAAAGCUUAGAGAAGCCGAUGGCGAUGGGGGGCAGGCAGCAGUCUCGAUGGAGUCUUCCUGGGAGCAGAGAAGGCCAGGAGGACACACCGGACAAAGGCAACGUCAUCAAGAUGUUGGAGCAGGUGCUGAGAGAGCUGCAACCCCUUUGCACCACGGAGCAGCAGUUCAUUGAGAAAUUCUUCCAGUUAAACCACAAUGCUGCAGACCUGCAGGUGCUGGAGGCAUCUGCCACUAAGGGAGGAGAGAGCAUGGCAUCUCCAGAGGACCCUCUUUGCACCAAGCCUCGGAGCCAAUUAGAAGAACCUACAACCCAGCUGCUGUGCGAGAUCUUCAGUUGCCUGGAACCAGAGCUGAGAGGCUUUCUAGAUGUCUGCAAUAAGGUCCACCCAUUCGGCUGCUUGCAGGUCCUGGUUACCUUGAAUGACUCCAUCUUUGAGAUGUGGGGCUCUUCCUCAGCUCUCCCCUCGUCAUUCCUCAACACUGUCCUCGGCAACAUGCUGCUCCUGGCCAAGAGCAGCUUCAACAAAUGCAUUGGGACCUUCUGCAAAGAGAUUGAGGAAGCAAAGCUGCCCAGCAAGAUGAAAGGUGGGAUCCUGCCUUCCGUGAGCCGCUUUGAGGAGUUUGUGAAUUUCUCAGAGGAGGUGUUCAGGACGGCUCAGCGGAGAGGGGAGCUGGACAAAGCACAUCUCAGGCUGGCCAGCAGUGUCUUCAGCAGCAUCAAUAGCCUGUCCUCAGCAAACCUGAAGGUGAACACAGAUAUGGUCAUGAUGGAAAAUUUCCACCACAUUCACUGUUUCCUGUGCCAGAAGAAGAUCCACUGCCUGGAGGGCAAAAAGAGAGAAGCCAAGCAAAGGUAUAGUGAGCACAUGGAGAAAUAUGUCAUCAAGUACCUGGGCCAGCCACUGGAGAAGCUCCAUCACUUCUUUGAAGGAGUGAAAGCCCGUGUGGCCCAAGGGGUGAAAGAAGAAGAGGUCAGCUUUCAGCUGGCUUAUAGCAAGCAAGAGCUGAGGAAGGUCAUUGAAAAAUACCCUGGCAAGGAGGUUAAAAGAGCCCUUGAGACCCUCUACAGGAAAAUCCACAAGUAUCUCUCCCCAGAGGAAAAUCUUUUGCCGGUGGUGUGGCACGCUAUGGAGCAGGAGUUCCUACGUCAGUACCAAGAGUUUGAGGAUCUGAUCCAACGCUGUUAUGCAGGGUCAGGGAUUGCCAUGGACUUCACCAUGGAGGACUUGCUGAGCUACUUCAACUCCAUCACUCUGUCCAACAUGUAGAGGCAACCCUCUCUGGAUGUCUGUUGGGAGCAGCUCAGGAAUCCUUGUCUGCAGCUACACCUUUAAGGAGCUAAACUCAAAACACUUCCCAAGCUGAAGUUUGACACAUGGGGGUCCCAUCCUGAACUUAAUGCCAAAGUGCCUCUGACUUGUCAGUCUUUGGCUAGAUCUCCCUUGGGGAAGCAGAGUUCUCAGACCCAAACCACAGCUUCCCUGCUCCAAGAAACCAUUAUGCAACUAGUAAAAAAAAAAAUUCCCAAACCUCAGAUUUCUGCCAAAGUGAGUGCCAGUGCUGUACCUCUUCAGCAGACCACUUCCCAGUGCAGCUGAACAGCAAAAGGCAUCUUCUCUCCAGGAACUCUCUCCUUUUUAGCUACUGUUAGAUUUCACAGUGAACCUGUGCUAAAACAAGAGGGUUACAAUGCACUGAGACACCUGGAUGCAUGUAGUAUUACUAUAUCCAGAUAUCAGAACAUGCACCAUUGCGCUACCAGCUCUUCAGCAGAGACAGAUGAAAGUUCAGAGUUAUUAAUAUAAAAAGUUUUAUUGCUUUUAGCUAAGAAAGGACUUACCUGCCUGUAAACUGGAGUGGAGCAAAUGCUACAGUUCUGAGAUCCAACUGGUCUCUCAGGGAGUUGCCUGUUCUUACCCCACUUUCUUAUGAAGCAUCUUAUAGCAACAUCUCAACUCACCAAUAUAUUUUUUUUGU